CACACACACACACACACACACACACUCUCUCUCUCUCUCUUUCUGUCUGUCCGUCUUUCUUUCUAUCUCUCAGUCAGUAAUAAUGGAGCCCAGCAGUCCGAAGAAGAUCCAGUUUGCUGUGCCUCCGCUGCAGGGACAGCUGGACCCACAGGCCGCAGAACAUAUCCGUCGCAGAAGACCAACUCCUGCCACUCUGCAGAUAUACAGACAACCUGGCACAGAUGUUGGUGAUCAAAACAACGCCAGCGGAGAGUCACAGGUCUCAGAAGCCUCCCAGAGGAAGCAGAGCACCUACGCCCCACCCUCCAUGAAAGAGCUUCAGCUGGGGGUGGAGCAGCACGUUCUGGGGGCGGGGCUUUGUGAGGCAGAAGGCCAGCUAAGCCCAAUCACAGCACAGCUCUAUGCCAGCGCUCUGUGGGCCAAUUACAAUGGGCAAGAGGAAGCCAAUGGGAAUGAAGCAUGUCUGCUGUUAGCCAAUCAGGAGAGAGGAGUGGCAGAGAGCAACAGUGAAGGGGAUUUGUCAUGUGACAACAAAAAGGAAGCGUCCAGUCCGGACUCCAUCUCUCGAUAGCCACCUUCGCUCUGUUUCAUGUAUCUGUCUUUCCAUAAUCAACUUUCUCUUCUCUUAGUCACUGACAUUCAUCUGAUCCCAUUAACAUCACGGCUUAUUCCUGUGCCUCACAUAAACUCUGUGCUUUGAUUUGUUUCUCUCUCAUGCAGACAUACUAAAUACACACAUAAAGAUUUUAGUUAAAUGUGCUAAAUCUGUCUAAAUUUAAAUUACUGCAGGUCAUGUUGGUGAGGCUUAGCUUGUGAAUAAAGAUAUACUAUAUUCAAAAAUG